GUGCCCUUAUUCAAACAGAACUCUCGACAUUAUAAUCUCAACAAAUGUUUCGGGUUUAAUUGAGUCAUAAAUGCUGCUUUUGGACACCAUAACAAAAGAAUAGCUUUUCAACCUUUAGCAAUCAUUAGCCUUGAGUGUCGCAUAACUAGCAUAACUUUGUGUCUAGACUUUUAUAUAUCGUGCUCUCGAAACCAAUUUUACUAACCCUGGCAAUCUAGUAGUCCACCACAUCUCUAUCAAUGUUUUUGUCAAUGAAACGGUGAAAAUGAAUCAGGCUUAUAUAAAUAAUGAAGUGCCUGGAUGAAUAGUUCAUAUAGUACAGUUCAACAUUAUUAAAUUGUUUUCUGCUCAAGGUUUCUCAUAUUUUUUACUUUGUGAUACUCUUUGAUUUGACAGCACAACAUUCCUCAUGGGACCCGAGCAACAGCUACGAAUGAUGUUCGAUUCUGUUCGCAUUUACGCAACAUCUGUUUACAUUGGAUUUGUUGUUCUUGCUCUCAUUUGUGCGUUAUUGAUUCACAGCAAUAUUUUGACAGUACUUGCAGUCAUAUGUGAGAUUUAUGCCCUUGUCUGGUACUGUCUGAGCUAUAUUCCAUUUGCGAGGAGAAUAGUUUCCGACCUAAUGAUCCGAUUUUGUGACAUCGAGCUUUAGAUUAUGUAAAAGGGAAAACACCAUUCAUCUAAGAACUUCGGGGUGCAUUGAUUUUUUGCUUUGUUCACAGUGUUCAACGGUCUUUGUUGCUAGAAAAAUGUUGUUUCUCAGGUUGCUUUGGUUAUCAAACA